AUGAUUGGAGAUUUAGCAGAUUUCGACGAUGUCAGCGACGUGAUUUUAAUACCACCAAAAAAGGGGAUAAAGAAUCAUGCACUUGACUCAUUAAGCAUGAUAGUCUUAGAUGAUGACGUUGGACAUCCAAGUACCAGACAAACCUGUGACAUAAAAUAUGAUAAAAUAUUUUUAGACAAUAAGAAUUUAGUAAAAUUUAUAGAAAAAUGUUUUGCUCUGGAGAAUUCAGAUGGGAUGGCGAGAAUUGUUAAUCGCACAUUAUUAGGCUUGUACCAGAACACAUGUCCUGAGUACAAAAGUUCACAUCGGUUUCAAAAUAUUUUGGACAAUGCCUUUAUGAAGUUAGAGUUAGAUCCAAAACACAAGUUCUCGCACAUAAAAGGUGUGUGUGAUGCAUUGAAACUUCAUAAAGUUAAGAAGAAGGCCAAGCUUAUAACAAUGUCCACAGCUUUACAAGAUAAGUUAAAAGAAGACACUGCUCUUCAGAGAAGAUCACCAGUAGAUGGGGUUUCAAAAAAGAAAUCUAGGUUUAACUUUAUAAACUUAGAUGAUAAUGGAGCAAACAUUAUAGAAAUCAAAGAUGAUGACAGCGAUGUAAUUGUUGUUGACAACAGUUCAAAACUUUCAAAUGAAAACAAAAUCACUAUAAGAGAAACAAUUAAGACUGAAAAUAGUACAAAUGAACCUAUGAAGGAAAUGGAUGUUGAAACGAAAAUAAUUAAGGAUGUUCAAGAUAUUAAUGUUGAUUUUUUUAUUAUGAAAGAUUCAGAAAGCAAGAAGACUGAACUGCUAGUACCUGUAGGAAAAAAAUCCUCUACAAUUGAUACUGAGACUCGAAUCAAGGAAAUUGAAAUUACUAUUGCUAAUUAUAAAGAGAAAAUAGUUAAGUUGGAGCAACAGGACGUUUGUGAUGAUUCUCUUUAUUCACCAUAUAUUCAGAGUGAAAAGUUAAAACAAAAGAUUGUGGAUCUGUAUAAAGAGCUGUGUAGUCUUACUGGAGAUGAGCCAAUUAAAAGACGCGAAGUUCGACUGCAAGUUGCAAAAGAUCAUCCUCCUGCACCUGUACAAAAACUUGAACAGUUCCUCAAUGAGAACAUAGGGUCAAAUGGAGAGCCACCGUUCCCUGAUUUCCAUGACGUGAUGAUGUGUGUAGCAGAGGCCAAUGCUACUGAGAGUUUGGGCUGGAAUGCUGUGCAGGUCAUGUCUGAAGCAAAUGCAUUGUUCACUCAAUGUGGUCGCGCUCUGCAAAAACGUCGUCAGCAACGCGAAUGGCGAGACUUGCUAUGUCGAGUCAGGAGCGAAGACUUGCGAGAUCCUGCUGAUGAUGAUCCCGAGCUGCUGGCAAGACUCGAGGAGAACCGACGCACGGCCGCAAAGAAGGAACGGGAUCUUAUGGAGAGGUUUACAAAUAUUGAUUGCGACGUUCCCGGCCUUAACUUACAUGUAGAUAUUAAUGAUUCGCACGAUCAGAUAGUGGACAAAAGCGACGAACAAGACAGCGACAGUGAGAAGGAGGAGAAAAUUCCGAUCUUCACUAAUAAGGAAGUCAAAAUAGAGAAAGACAUUGAAACAGAUAAACUCGACAGCUCCGACAUUGAAACUAAAAAACUUGACAGUUCCAACAGUGACAACAAUGAGGUCACUGCCGAUGUCAAAGUAAAGAUUGAACCCGUAGACCUAUCAGUCCUUUACGAGUGUGUCGAGAACAGCGUUACAUCAGUCAUAUUCGACGUCGAAGAUCCAUUUUUGGUGAUUGAAAUUUCGUCCGAUAGCGAUGAUGACUAA